AUGCAAGCCAUUAGAAGCUCCCAGCCAGUUGCUCCUACUAAAGGUAAGCUCUCUGUAAGUGUAAGGCCAGUCAUACGCUCUUCCCCGGCCUAUCAACAUAAGGUCUCCCAGAGAAGCGAUAUCUUUCUUUCUUCAUGCGCUAUGGUUCACUCACUGAACACUAAACUGAGUAAACAAAAGUACGAUGCAAUUGAGAAGCUGGCUGUCUUGGCAUAUUGGGGUAUUCUUUCAUGGCCAGGAAGGACAAUGAAAUUCAAUAGAGACUUCGGUGUAGAUAGUCAACCAUUGAUUGGUCUUUCCGGGUAG